GUCAGUUUGCAAUUUUUUUUGGUGAGCGUGAGAAGUAAGUCGGUUCAAACGAACGCGCUCUAUUUGUUUGGGAUGUGCGCGAAUUAAACAGAAACCGAUUUGUUUUAAAAUACAUCUGUAUAUAAAUACAAAAUACGCCCAAACAAAAUUUGCAAAAAUAGAUAAAACUAAUGAAAAUAUUCAUAUCUGAGAAAUUAAAUAGAAUUCGUAUUGGCCAGGAUAGUGCAAAUUUUCAAUUCUGUGCAUAGCCAAACCGAAAAAAUACAUAAAAGAUAAGACGAAUGAGAUGUGAAAGAUGAAAUGAAUAGCAGAAGCAGCAUCACAUUCUCGUCUCAGACAAAAAAUCUCUGUUGAUGCGGGUGUCGGUAUCCAUCUUCCGUAGAGAAAAUACCAACAACAACUGUGCUUAUUUUGUGUUGUGUUUAUUUAGUGUCAAGCCUUGAGAGAAGAAAAACCACCAAUUGGAUUGGUAGAGGAUCGUGUAUGUGCAAUAACAAAAAUUAAAAAAAAUCAAAAUAUAGGUAUAUUACAAAAAGAAACGAAUAUAGCAAAAGGAUGGAAUGACAAGUGAGAUAUAUAGCUAAACGAAGAUACAAGUAAAAGAAAAAAUCCUUGAAAUUUUGUAUGCCAUAAAGUACCAUCCAUAUCUGUUUGUGGGAUACUUGGCCACUAGUAGCAGGCAGCAGCCGCCGCAGCAGAAGCAUCCCACGACGUCGGCAACGAUGCUCUGAUGGGAGGGAGACAACUGUAACAUGUGAUUGUUAUCCUUUUCAACACUUUCUGCCAUUCUCGCUUCAAUUUAGUCCUUAUCAUUUGCUGGAUUCACAAAUAGUUUUAUGUGUUCAAGGUCUAUCCACAUGCUGACCUCAAAAUCUUUUAACCUCUCUACAAUAAUUUGGCUUCCUUAAACAAUUUCGGCUUUCUGAAAUAACAUCAAUGACAUUUUAAAAGGUCGGCUUUGAACUGCAACUCUUGAAAAGAUUUCGGCAAAGUUUUAGUUCAGACAAACGAGGGAAGGCGAGAAAGCAUAUCUGACUCUUUGAAUAAACCAAAAAAAAUCUUAUAAAAAUAUCAUGAAGAUUAUAACGGAAACACUAUAUCAGAUGUUGGAAUUGGAUUACAUACUUUCUAUAAAGACUCCAAUUUGAUAUUCAAGUUACCUCAGUAAAACAUUUCUCCUUCUUUAACCGGAAGACCAAAGCUCUCACACACACACCUUCAGACACAAAGGCCACGCACACACAACCAAACAGAACAAGAAAGCAGAAGGGACACUGCAACAAACUGCAAUGCGGUACCAGAAAACUCGUAAAAAAUAUUCCAAUUACAACAACAACAAUCGAAGCAGCAGCAAAAACAACUACAGCAACAACAAAAUUACUAAUUAUAGCACAUCAUUAGCAAUAAAUUUCAACAAAUAUCGACUAAAGAGUUUAAGUAAACAAACAAAAACAACAACAACAACAACAACUACAGCCACAAAUCAUUUUUAUCAUCGCACAGUAACAACAACUAGAAGAAGAAGAACAGCAACAACAAAUUAAGUACAAAACUAAAGCAUACUUAGUAGUAAUUAAUUUCCAUUAGCGGCUAGACUAGAAUCAAAUCAAAAAAAAAAAAACAAUAUUACCCCAAACAACUAUUUCGUCGGAUAGCACGGAACAGCAUCCAUCGCCAAGAUCCUCCAAAGAGGUUAAAAAAUUAAUCUUCGGUUACAUUUUUUUUUAAUUUCAACAACAAAGACAACAGAAAGAAGCUCCUGAACACAAAUAAAACGGACCGACAACAGAGCGUUUAUUUUUCAAAAGGGUCAUGUUUGAAAAACCGCCCAUUUGGGUUAUAGUUGUGGGCCUAUAUGUCUGCAUUUUGAUAUGGUUGAUCUCAGUCCAGGAACCGGUUAUGUAUGAUGCCUCAUCCGCCAUUAUAAGCAGUGGAAGCAUCAACAGCAACAACAACAGAUAUAAUUUACAACAACUCAAUGAUGUUCCUCCAUCGUUACAGCAGCGUGUUGGCCGGGGUGAUCGUGAUGUCAAGCAGAUAGGUCCCCCCUUUUCGGGCAGACAUUUGUCAUUUAGUGAUCUAAAUGCCUCCAGCACUAUCACAACUACCUUGAAUUCGAAUGUAAGCAACGGUAACAGCAGCAGCAGCAGCCAAACAACAUCAUCCAAUCGUACUGGGGAGGCCAUACAGAGUACCACCACAGUUACUGAUCUCCUAGCCAAUAUUCAUUCAUUAACUUCUAGUCUGGGAACGGGUGUUCUCGAAACGAUACAAAGACCCACACCAUCAUGGAUAAAAAUGACUGCUGUUUCUUCAGCACUGCCGGAAGAAGACUUCAAUCAUUUGAUAGAUUUAAACGACUUCCAUUAUCUUGUGCCUCAGCCGGUGUGUAGCUCAAAUGUGGAAGCCUUAAUACUGGUGCAUUCGGCACCGCACAACCAACCGAAACGGCAAAUAAUACGCGAAACAUGGGCCAGCAUUGGUCGCCAUAUGGUCGAUGCACCCAUUCGGGUGCUAUUUCUAUUGGGUGCUGUCCAAGAGGAAUCUUUGCAGCAUGACGUCAUCAGGGAGAACACUGAAUAUGGCGACAUCAUUCAAGGUUCUUUUAUGGAUGAUUAUCGCAAUAUGACCUAUAAGCAUGUCAUGGCUUUUAAAUGGUUCCUCUACAAUUGCCCUGAUGCCCAGAUCUUGAUCAAGGUGGAUGAUGAUGUCUAUGUAAAUACACCGCAAUUAAUUAAAUAUCUCAAGGCUGAGCAGCAAACUGAUAAUGCCACAACAGCCCCAAAACAUGCUGCGGAUAAGGGACUGGGAGCGUCGGCGACGACCGAAGAGGAGGAACAACAAGAAGCAAAUAAACCCACCAUCAUAACUCUUAAUGAUACAACCAAAAAGACAAAAUCCACCAAAAAAUCUCUUUACGAGUCAUUGAAAAAUUUUGCAAAUUCAUUCAGUUCAUCAUUGUCAUCCGCAUCCGAAUCGAGAGAAAAUUUUACCGCCUCGACGAGGCUCUUUCACCGACCACAAAAUCUACUGUUUUGCCAGAAGAUCACCGGUUCAUUGGUUAAACGUUCCUAUCGUUCCAAGUGGCGUGUCAGCUUCAAAGAAUAUUCCGAACGUUAUUAUCCACCCUAUUGUCCCGGCUAUGCCAUUAUCUAUUCACCGGAUGUGGUGCUACGUCUGUAUAAUGCCGCUCAAAAUUUUAAAUACUUUUGGAUCGAUGAUGUCCACAUAACCGGUGUUCUGGCCCAGCAAACCAACACAACUAUAACCACCUCAUCACAUUAUGUUCUCUACAGUGACGAAUGUGAACGUCUAUUGACGGGCAAGACUGAUCUCCAAGAUACGGAAUUUUUGUUCGCCUGGCACAGUAUAUCGGCGCAGCAAAUUAAAGCCAUUUGGCAUCUGCAAAUGAUGUCGCUCACCUCGCCGGAUGAUUUGCUCUACACCAGAAGCACUAACCAUAACAGCAGCCACAGACGAAAGAAGUCAAGGAUACGCCAAGAAAUCUCCAAGAAUUCAAGAUUAGCCUACAAUAUCACUACCAACAAUUUGAUAACGACGGCGGAAGGCUUCAGAUAGUAGACUCUCUCUCUUUCUCUCCAAGCAUCAAAUGGUGGCCCACCUGCACCAGCGAACGAACGACAAGGAAGCAGAAGUAUAAAGAAACGCUUACAUUAGUUUAGGUUUAUUACUAUGAUUAUAAUUACAUAUUAUAAAUAUAUAUAUAUAAACAAAUAUUGGUUCUUAUUUUGUUUAAUUUUAAUUUGUUUUUUUUUCCUGUGUCAUUGUAAACUGAAGAAACCCACAAAAUACUGGCUUUAUUUUAAAUAUUUUACCUAAAAUAAAUUAAAAAAAUAUAUAUAUUAUUUAUUUGAGAAGAAAUGAAAUUAAAAAUAGAAACAAAAAGAAAAAAAACUAAACGUAAUGACAUUUGCAUUGUAAUGUAUUUAAUAUAUAAUUUUAAUAAAUUUACUCAGAUGUGCCCCUGUGGUAUGGUAAAAUUUGUUAAAUGUAAA